CGGAACGAAAACGGAAGAUUGUCGUCGUCCCCUGCUGGAACUUAAUACCUUAAUUACACUUUUUUCAACUGGAACAUGUCCAGCGCCUAAUUUCGUUGCAUCAUCGACACUAAUGCCAACGCCAAGAUGACAUCGAGCUACGAGAGAAUAAAGUCAGAGUGCAAACGGAAGAACACUCUGUGGGAAGAUCCGGAUUUUCCGGCGAUUCAAACUUCAGUUUUUUACCAUCAAACGCCGCCUUUUACGUUCCAGUGGAAGCGCCCGCACGAAAUUACCGCAAGUCCCGUCUUUGUGAACGAUGCGAAUGCUCAAUUUGACAUCAGUCCCGGCAAAAUGGGAGACAGGUGGCUCGUUUCGUGUCUCGGAGUGCUUUACCUGUCGAAGGGAUUGUUUUAUCGAGUAGUGCCGGCAGAUCAGUGCUUCGAGAAUCCGUAUUAUGGCGUUUUUCGUUUUCGUCUUUGGUGGUGCGGAGAAUGGGUAGAGGUGUUAGUUGAUGAUCGACUGCCGACAAUCAAUGGGAAAUUGGCUUUUUUGCAGUCUACCAACACAAAUUCGUUCUGGCCGGGGCUAUUGGAGAAGGCGUAUGCGAAGUUACACGGAUCAUACGAAGCCCUAAAGUACGGCACCUUAUUAGAUGGCUUGGCAGACUUGACGGGCGGCAUCACAGAAAGCAUCGCCAUCAAACAAGACACGACAAUUAUUCGACCUCCUUUGCUACAUUCACUGCUAGAUACAACGAGCAUCAUCACCUGCACCGUCAAUAACGGCUUAAAUACUCAACUGCGACAUCAAAUGGAGAAAUUAGCGAACGGCAUAAAUGUCGGCACAAAUUACCGACUUUGCUCGUUAGAUAAGGCUGAGACACUCAUGGGUGAUACAGUGCAACUAGUCCGUUUGCGGGAUCCUUUUGCCGUGGUGAAUUUUGGCACAGCAACGAGUGGCUUUACCGGCGAUUGGUCCAAUUUCAGUAAUUCGUGGGAUCGGGUGUCAAUUCAGGAACGCGAUCGACUACUUGGGCAAUUGGAUGUCGGGGAAUUUUGGAUCUCAUUCAUGGAAUUGACGCAAACUUUUACGCAUCUCGAGUGCGUGCACUUGGACUCGGAUACGGCAAGAGACGAGCCUUCGUUGUCAGACAAGAAUCGGAAGUGGUUAAUGCGAUUGUAUCAAGGAGCAUGGAAACGUGGAGUAACGGGCGGCGGAUGUCGUAAUAAUCCGGAUUCGUUUCAUAUUAAUCCGCAGCUGCAACUGUUUCUCACGGAAAAGGAAGAUGUCAUCAUUUCACUCAAUCAACAUAGUGUGAUGGAACCAAAAGUCAUUGGAUUUACGCUCUAUAAUCUAAAUAAUGUUCAAAACAAAGUCACCGAAUGCCUACCAAAAAGUUUCUUCAAAAAGCACAAAAGUCUCGUCAACUCACAGUACACCAACUCCCGUCAAAUCAGCCAUAGAUGCACUCUGGAAGCCGGUCGAUACUUGAUUAUGGCAACAACAUUCGAACCAGCCGAGGAAUCGGCAUUUAGCGUAAGAGUCCUCGGAACGACAAUCCGUUUAGCUUUAUUGGAGACCCAAACGAUGCUCUUGCUCGAUCCGUUUCCAUCACUCAAUGUCUCACAAAAACUCCAACCAGACUCCCCAAAUAACAAUCAAACGGGAACAGCGCAGUAUGAACCAGUUUUCAUGCAAUUAGCUGAUGAUCACAAGACAAUAAAUUGCUUUGACUUACAAGAACUACUGGAAGCAUGUCUCCCAAACGACUAUAUCCGAUCAUGUGCCAGCCUUGAUGUUUGUCGUCAAGUCGUUUGUCUGAUGGAUAAAACCAAUCGGGCUCGAAUAAAUUUCAACGACUUCAAAAUGUUCAUGGUUAAUUUGAAGACCUGGCAGAGCGUUUUUAAGAUGCAUACUAAAGAAAAAGCUGGAAUUCUUAAAGCUGAGCGGUUCCGUGACGCUUUAUAUGACGUAGGCUUCCAACUAAGUACUGAUAUUUUGUCCACACUCAUUUUAAGAUACAUGAGACGCGAUGGAACAAUGCGACUAGCUGACUUCGUAUCUGCCAUAUUACAUCUAACAAUGGCCUUUGAGGUCUUCAAACUGAAGGACACAACACAAGAAGGUGCUAUCAAAUUAGGGUUAAACGAGUGGAUAAAAUCCGUGUUAAUGUGCUAAUUACUUAUCCGAAUCUUACUUGUAAAGUAUUUUUAUUGCAUAUUUUUUAAAAAAUUAAAUAAAGAAU